GAUAUAUUUAAAUUAGCCAAUGAGAGAGAAGCAUUUACGCAGUAUUCCAUAAAGAAAAGAAGAUUUGUUUGGAAGGUAGAGGCGUGUUUAUAAUUAGCCAAUCAGUUUCAGCUUGCGCCUAUAUAAAUCUGGGUUGCUGGUUUGUUCAAUUUUAUUUCAUUAGGAUGGCUCGUACUAAGCAGACCGCACGUAAAUCCACCGGAGGGAAGGCUCCCCGCAAGCAGCUGGCCACCAAGGCAGCCAGGAAAAGCGCUCCGGCCACAGGCGGAGUCAAGAAACCUCACCGUUACCGGCCCGGCACAGUCGCUCUCCGCGAGAUCCGCCGCUACCAGAAAUCCACCGAGCUGCUCAUCCGCAAACUGCCUUUCCAGCGCCUGGUCCGGGAGAUCGCUCAGGACUUCAAGACCGACCUGCGCUUCCAGAGCUCGGCCGUCAUGGCUCUGCAGGAGGCCAGCGAGGCUUAUCUGGUCGGUUUGUUUGAGGACACCAACCUAGCUUCAUUGAUUAUGUCUGGACGCGGCAAAGGAGGAAAGGGACUCGGGAAAGGAGGCGCCAAGCGGCACAGAAAGGUGCUCAGAGACAACAUCCAGGGCAUCACCAAGCCCGCCAUCCGCCGCCUGGCACGGAGAGGGGGAGUCAAGCGCAUCUCUGGUCUUAUCUAUGAGGAGACUCGUGGGGUCCUCAAGGUUUUCCUGGAGAACGUUAUCCGGGACGCCGUCACCUACACCGAGCACGCCAAGAGGAAGACCGUUACCGCCAUGGAUGUGGUGUACGCUCUCAAGCGCCAGGGCCGCACUCUCUACGGUUUCGGCGGAUAAAUCUGCUCCUCUCCCUCCAAGUUACUGAUCCACUCGCACCCAAAGGCUCUUUUCAGAGCCGCC